AAACUCAAAGUGUGUAUUCACUCCAGAGCUGGAGAGAGAGAGAGAGAGAGAGAGAGAGAGAGAGAGAGAGAGAGGAGGGAGAGAGGGAAGGAGGGGGAGAGACUUUUUCUAUGCACUUCCAACCUCUGUCCUUCAUUCGUUUUCUGAUUUUGUCCCGCAAUACAGACUGGAAUUAAACGGACUAUUAUGGACAUUUAUGGACACCACAGGUGUUAACAGUCUGGAUUGGAUUUAUAUAAUAAAUGGACAAACAAGACAACACAGAUUAAUGUCUUUUCCAGUAUUUCAAGAUCCACUGGUCAAAAUGCUGUAAGUCCUGGAUCCAGACUGAGUCAGUCUUCCAUGAUGUGACUGGAUCUAAAGGUGAUUGUCUCACCUACAAUGAUGGAAUCUGGUCUGCCACCUUCCACAGACCCUCCUCACCUCAACACCAACAGCUAUGUCAAUAACAGCAACAACAGUUGGAGCGUACUCCUUGAUUGUGACUCACUGAGGAGCAAUCACACCCUGACCGUGCAAGACCGCUUCCACAACGCCCUGCUGGGGGUCUGUCUGGGAUUUCUUUCUCUUCUCACAGUCAUAAUGAACCUGCUUGUUCUUUUCGCUGUGAAGAAAGAGAAAAGCCUUCACACUGUUGGGAACCUCUACAUUGUCAGCCUGUCUGUGGCAGAUCUCAUCGUGGGGACCACAGUUAUGCCUCUAAAUCUGGUGUAUUUGUUGGAGGAUGAAUGGAAGCUGGGGCGGGCUGUCUGCCAGUUUUGGCUUAUUAUGGACUAUGUAGCUAGCACAGCUUCAAUUUUUAGUUUGUUUAUCCUUUGUUUGGAUCGGUACCGCUCUGUCAGACAGCCGCUGAAGUACCUGAAAUAUAGAACAAGGGGCAAAGCCAGCGUGAUGAUUUCUGGAGCCUGGCUGCUGUCGAUGAUGUGGAUUAUUCCAAUUUUAGGAUGGAGGUCUUUCACUCAUGUAGACCUUAAACCUGAGGAGGAGAACAAGUGUGACACAGAUUUCCGUUUUGUCACGUGGUUUAAGGUUAUUACUGCUGUCUUAAACUUCUAUGUACCCUCAAUUUUAAUGCUGUGGUUUUACACGCACAUUUAUUUGGCAGUAAGGCAACAUCUUCGGGACAGGGAGAGAAUCAUUCAUCCAACUGAUUCAUUUGUGGAACAUGAGAAUAGACAAAAUGUUCACACAUCUGUGAGAAGUAACUCCAAAUCACCCAAAAGGGAAUGUGAGAUUUCGCUGAAACUCUCUAAAAAACAAUGUCUGUUGGACCAGAACACUCUAGCUCAUGCAUAUUCCCUGGAAGAUGCUGAUAAAACUAAAACUGCUUCAUCAAGAUCUCACAGAAGAAUUGGUGUAAAAUGCCAGCAGUCAUCAUUUCUUGCCAUGACAACAAAACGACUCAGAAUGGCACAAAAGGCCAAAAGGUGCUCCUUGUCUCCAGAGGAUAAGCAGUCAGAGACUGAGAUUCCCCAGAGCCGACCUUCAAUGCCACAGGAUGUAAUUUGCUCUGAGGGAAAUGAGAACAAACUUCAAGCAUCUUUGAAUGAAUGUCAUGUGACAGUGCCAAACUCAGUGAGCGGUGUCUGUGAUAUCAGUCAAGUUUCAGACAUGCAGAGCUACACCUCUGUGCUCUGUAACAACUAUGACCACAGUCACGCUCUGCCCUGGACUGAGGAAGGGGUUGAAGAUGCCAAAUUAGACCCAGCUAACGCAGUGACGCUGAGAAAGACGUGGCAAAGGUUUAUUGACCAAUCACGUCAGCGUAUCCAAAGUCUUAGGAUCCAUAAGGAGCACAAGGCAGCGAAGCAGUUGGGAUUCAUAAUAGCUGCUUUUUUAUUAUGUUGGAUACCAUACUUUAUAGCUUUUAUGGUCAUGGCAUUUUGCAAAGAGUGUGUGCACCAUGACCUUCACAUGUUUACCAUAUGGCUAGGUUACAUCAACUCCACUCUCAACCCUUUUAUAUACCCGCUCUGCAAUGGGAACUUUAAGCGAGUCUUUAGAAAUAUUCUAAACAUUCGUUUGUGACAGGCAGAGCAGAGAAGAAGAACAAAAUUGCAGGUGUUGAAAAACUGCUGGUAAGAAGUAGACAAAGGUUGCAUCAAUUAAAUGCGUUAAACACUGUUGCAUGGGUGAACAUUUUAAAUGUAGAUUAAACUGUAAAUGAACUUUGAAUUAUUACUGUUUGUUCUAGAUCUUACUUUUUUUUUUACUGCUCUUCGGUUCAGAUUCAUGGUAACACUUGAGGGUAAUGUCUGAAUUUAAUGUUAUUUAUUUUGUCUAUGUUAUGCUAAUGAUAAUAAAGUGCGUCUUGGACCAGAGACUUCUAAACUCAAAAGAAUUUGAUCUCUUACCCUUAGAAACAACAUGAAUCUAGCAUCUUGGCUCUGGUCCAGAAUGGAGGACAACUAUGUCCAAAAUGUGUUUUGUAAGAAAAUAUUUGAAUUUAUUUAUUUAUUAGCACUACCAAUGGACGGAAUUAGAAAUGUAACAUGAUACAGCAUGAUGUUGACAUGUCUGACAUUUUACAAGCACUGCCAUGCAUUUGUAAGUAUUUGUCACUGUAUUUGUUUUCUCAUCAUUGAAACAGGAUGCAGGACAUUAGUCGCCUUCUUUAAUGUCAAUCCAGGAAAAGCACAAAUGUUCCCAAGUGUCUACUAAGCUGUUACACCAGAGCUAAUUUGGAAACUGUUAAAUUGUUUCUUUAUUUCAUCCUUCUUUUAGAGUUUUUAAACAUGCAAGCUUUGAAUGAUUUCAUGGUGUUUUAACACAUUAAAAUUGCUAUCUUAUCCAUAGAAAUCCUGGUCUUGUUUUAAAUGGGUGUUUUGUUUGACGAAUAGGGUAUCAGAAAAGAUAUAAUGUGAACAAGCAGCUUAUUAAUUUAUAUCUACAUAUAGUCUACUCAAGUCUUUGUUAAGCAUCGCUUGUAUGUCACACCUUUUCAGACUGUGAACAAAAACACAAAUGUGUCUUUAAUCCUCCCAAGGAUUUUGUUAUUCCUCUAACAAAACAGCCUUUUACACUCAUCUAUUCUAUGAUGGGAUGUGAUAUAACACCUUUUUUCUGUUAUUAGCCAAAGAAAACCAAAUAUUAUUGCACAAUUCUGUGGAAAACCAACCAUACAGUAACUUUGAGACUCAUGAAAUGCAUUUGUAUUGAUUGCAUUUUUGGAACAAGCAGAGAUUAGAGAUUACAGCAAUACAGCACAAUUAUGCCUCCCAUUAAAAAGAUUAUGCCUGUUGAAAAACAAAGUUAAAUAGUGUUGCAAUUAACAUUUUACCAUUCCCAUGUAUCAUGUCAGAGGCCUCUUACUGUAUUUCAAAUGUAAUACUGCCGUGACUCCAACAAAAUCUAGAUCAAGAAACGCAUAAUGUUUCCUGUGUCCAGUGAACCCAGGCGGGUUGGUGAGUCACUACUUAGCCAAAUCAAACAAAUCAGAGGGGGGUGGAAGUGAGCUGGAAGAGGUGAUGAUGUGAACAGAAGAAGCAUGUGUGUGAUUGCACUCUCAUCUCUACAGUACAUCUCUGUCAACAAGAUUUAGCCUGUGUGAGGCUGGUAUUCUGGAAAAACAAUGAUGUUUUUAAAUGUGUUCACAGACUAAAGCUAUCAAGUUCUGCUGGUUAAAACAGCUCUUACCUUCCACUAAGAUAUCUUUACUGCAUAUUCUGUCCCACUGUGACAAUAUUCAUUAUGUGGCCACUUAAUGUUUUGAUGUGCAUGUAAACCAUUUCUGCAAGAAUGGAUUUUCAAUUUGAACACUUUUAACAAUAAAUUCUAUC